AUGGUACUGUUUUUGACUGGGAUUAUCAAAGUCUGUCAUAGUGAUGCGAAUCGGUCCGAUGCUGAAAAUUUGUACACAAAGCUUCUACCGUCUGAUGCUUCUUACUACAAAUACAUUCGCCCGGACGUGGAUCAAAGUCGGGCGACGUACGUUACAACAGACAUGUAUGUCACGAGUGUCCGUGAGUUAGAGGAGACGACAGGUCGCUUUACUGUCGUGGCCUUCUUGUAUAUAAAUUGGAUUGAUGAAAGACUUUCCUGGUCGUCAAGUUCAUAUGGAGACAUAAGUGAAAUAGAAUUUCCCCAAAGUGAAGUUUGGAAACCUGCAUUAACGCUGGCAAACCCUUUCUCACGUUUGAAACCCCUGGGAUCCGACAACAAUCUCAUAAGGUACCAACACAACGGCAACGCAACGUGGUAUGUUGGUGACGUCAUGCAGGCAACAUGUGACGUAGAUGUGACGCAUUAUCCGUUUGAUAAACAAGUGUGUCCACUGUAUUUCCUUGUUUGGGGUUAUGAAGGUACUGACAUUUUUUUAUCACCCUCAGUCAAUGACGUUAAUUUUGCUUUUUAUGUAGAAAAUUCUGAAUGGGAUAUAACGAAAACUGAGAAGGAAAUAGCAUUGAAUGGAUCUGCUUAUAUCGUUUAUAAAUUCCAUCUGCAGAGAAAGUCUACUUUUUUCAUCAUCAGUAUAUAUGUUCCUGUAGUUCUCCUAACGAGUCUUUGCCCGCUUGUGUUUCUACUUCCGGCUGACAGUGGCGAGCGUGUUGGUUACAGUAUUACGUGUCUGUUGGCAAUAGCCGUGUUUCUGACGAUGGUAUCUGAAAGCCUUCCGCGGUCCUCCAAUCCUAUUUCAGUCUUGAGUUUUUUCCUCAUGUGUGACUUAGUUCUUGCGACAUGUCUGUGCGUAUUGACUAUACUCGGACUCCAAAUGUACCACAAGGUCGACAAAGAACAGGAAAUACCAAGAAUUGUAAAGAAAAUUGCGUCCUCAAAAAUGUUUCGAAGUAAAAUUCUAACACAAAGAGAUACAAGCAAUGCAUCGGUAAAAAAUGUACAAGGGGAUAACACGGUGGAAUACGAGGAGAUCACGUGGAAAACUGUUGCCCUGACCAGUAGUGACCAGUAA